AUGCCUCCUCCCGCCGCCCCGACGCCUCCUCCCGCCGAGCCGCUGCCAAAUUCGCCAGAUUCUACCUCCCCCACGGAGGAGGCUGAGGCGGAUGCGGGAGGCACGCCGUCGAGGGCCGGGCCGGUGGGGACAGUAAGCUGGGGAACCGGGACCAUCGUCGGCGUAUUCACCGGGCUUCUCUACGGCGGGGCCAAGGAGGCCAACGCCAACGUCAGCAAAGAUGCUGAAGUGAUGUUGAAAAUGGGAAGCACCACUGACAAGCGCGAACAGUAUAGGUUGAUGAGAGAUGCCAUGGAGAAAAGGUUCAUCCGGGUUGCCAAAGGCUCACUAGUUGGUGGUGCUCGCCUUGGGAUGUUCACUGCAACUUUCUUUGGCAUACAGAACCUUCUUAUUGAGAACCGUGGGGUACAUGAUGUAUUCAAUAUUGCUGGAGCUGGCUCGGCUACCGCAGCUGCUUUUGGGCUUAUAUUGCCUGGUUCACCGAUGUGGCGUGCAAGGAAUGUAUUGGUCGGAUCUGCUCUUGGUGCCGGAAUUUGCUUUCCCCUUGGUUGGGUACAGUUGAAGUUGGCAGAGAAGGCCAAUCUUGAGAUUGAAAAUUCAAAAUCGCCGUCAGAUUUACAAGGCAAUCAAAGUCGUGUGGGGGCCGCGAUAGACAGACUAGAGAACAGCCUGAGGAAGUAA